CAUAAUUCCAGAUUACAUAUCAGCUGUGAAAAAGAAAAUGUUGCCACUGCUACUGCUGCUGCUGGUUGUUAGUGCGGGCUCUAGGCCCCAGGUGUCGUCAGAAGAAACCACAGUGAUUGAAACCCUAGUUGAUUCAGAACUAACAACAAUACAAACUACAAUUGAUGAAACUACUGAAAAUAAUGAAAUAUCAACGGAUACUCCAGAAGUUUCAACUAUUAGUGAUGUUGGAUCAACAAUAGAGAAUAUCGCUGAUGAGGCUUUGAAUGUUCAAUUAGACAAUAGAGAUAUUGAUGAUACCAUUGAACUAAAGGAGCAAGUCUUGACAACAGCUCCUGAAAACCUGGAAAGUAAUGAUGCAACAACUGAAGCCCCGAAUAGCUUUGAUGUCUCAACUGAAGCCCCGAAUAGCUUAGAUUUCUCAACUGAAGUGUCUGAACUCGGCGUUAUUUCUACCCAAUCUUGGCUGUCUAGAGAUCAAAUUGAAGGCUCUACUGCUGAUGAUGAUCUCAUUGAAGGGUCUGGUAGUGGUACUGAAACGGUAAUUGAGGAUGCUGUAAAACUUUUAGAAGAACUUGAGGAAGCUGUUCUUGAACAGGAAGCUGUUCUUGAAGAGGAGGCUGCAGAAAAAAUGAUUAAUCAAAUUGCAGACAUGGAAGCUGAUCAGAUCAUUGAAGAGCCAGUGGAAGAGGCGAUUGCUGAGACGAUAGAGGAGGCUAUUUCAGCGGGGCUGGACGAAACUUCUAUUCAAAAUGCUAUUGAAACUUCUAUGAACGAUAUAGUUGAAGAGAUAGUAAAAGAAGAAAUAUUAGAGAAAACAGAAGUGUUCAAGCCUUCCCCAAAAUUAGAGCCUACAUUGAAAAUACAAAAUCAACCCCAGGAAACCGAAGUGUUUACUCCAGGAUCUGUGUUUGGAUUACAAUGUGAAGCUACAUCUCAGGUUGAUUUAAACAUCAAAUACUCGUGGACCAAGAACGGUCGAUUUAUUGAUAUUCAGACAGACAGAAUAUUUCUAGAAUCGGACAAAAAAGGAAAUUUAAUCAUUCUGAGUCCGGAUGAAGAUGACGUUGGAUUAUAUCAAUGUGGAGCAUCCAAUUCGGAAGGUGUGGCAUUUUCCCGCGUUAUCCGAGUAGAUAGCAAGUUUGUUCGAAAAUUGGAAAACAGCUCACCACAGCGAGUAGGAGGAGGGGGGAGGGCUUUAAAUGGACCCUCGGAGCUCUUUCUUGUCAUGCCCACCUCUAAUGGAAAAUUUGAACCUGAACAUAUUCAAAUUGUUGAAUCAGAAAUAGCAGAGGAAAAGUGAUGUAAUUACACAAUACCUAUAGUACAGUUAAACAUUGUAAAUCAAAAGAUUUUGUAAAUAAAACAUGACAAAUUGA